ACAGACUUCCCAGCCUGGAAGUGAAUGUGAAGCAAACAUGGCGUCGGCGGCGGCGCUUACGCUGAGGACGCGGGCAGCAGCCCUGCUGAGUCCCACAGCACCUACAGCACUUGCUGUCAGAUCCGCAUCCAAGAAGACAGGUGGCAGUUCUAAGAACCUUGGUGGCAAAUCACGAGGCAAACACUAUGGCAUCAAGAAAAUGGAAGGUCAGUACGUUCAUGCCGGCAACAUCCUUGGCACUCAGCGGCAGUUCAGAUGGCACCCAGGCGCCCAUGUGGGACUGGGGAAGAACAAGUGCCUGUAUGCCCUGGAGGAGGGGAUAGUUCGCUACACGAAAGAAGUCUACGUGCCCAAUCCCAAAAACUCGGAGGCUGUGAAUCUGGUCACUAGUCUGCCCAAGGGUGCUGUGCUCUACAAGACUUUUGUCCACGUGGUUCCUGCCAAACCCGAGGGAACCUUCAAACUGGUAGACAUGCUUUGAAGUCCUGUUGAGACCAUCGGAUGGCGGGCGACCGGAGCCCAGGUCACAGGAGCAAGUGAUGAUGGAAGUCAAGGGUCAGGGUGAGGACAAGGUCUCCACAGAAGAGGCCUAUUGGAUGGGGACUCUGCAGGAGCCUUUGUGCUGUGGCUGCUGGAAACCUCUUGGUAGCUCUGGCAUGAGCGUCAAUAAAGCUGCAGGAAUCCUGAGUCUGCCCUUUCAGAGCAAA